AUGCCAGGCUUCAAUGGCACCCCCUUCCAGCCAGAUACUCUUCAGCUGACAGGCAUGACAGGUCAAGCCUGGGUUGCCCUGAUUUUCUGCAUCCUCUACCUGAUCUCCAUCAUAGGCAACCUCAGCAUCCUCGUUCUGGUGGUCCGGGAUCCUGCUCUGCACCAGCCUAUGUACUACUUCCUCUCUAUGCUCUCUCUCAAUGAUCUGGGAGUGUCCCUUUCUACACUUCCCACUGUGCUUGCCACCUUCUGCUUCAACUACCGCCAUGUUGGCUUCGAUGCCUGCCUCGUCCAGAUGUUCUUCAUUCACACUUUCUCUUUCAUGGAGUCAGGCAUACUGCUGGCCAUGAGCUUUGAUCGUUUUGUGGCUAUUUGUGACCCACUACGCUAUGCUACUGUGCUCACCAACAGCCGCAUCAUGGCUAUGGGCUUGGGCAUCCUGACCAAGAGUUUUACCACUCUCUUCCCUUUUCCCUUUCUGGUGAAACGACUGCCUUUCUGCAAGGGAAAUGUUUUGCAUCACUCGUACUGUCUCCAUCCAGAUCUCAUGAAAGUGGCAUGUGGAGACAUCCACAUUAACAAUAUUUAUGGACUGUUUGUGGUCAUUUUCACCUAUGGUGUGGACUCAGUUUUCAUCCUGCUUUCCUAUGCAUUGAUCUUGAGAGCUGUGCUGGCCAUUGCAUCCCAGGAACAGAGGCUCAAGGCACUCAACACUUGCAUGUCACACAUCUGUGCAGUACUGGCUUUUUACGUGCCCAUAAUUGCUGUUUCCAUGAUCCAUCGCUUCUGGAAAAGUGCCCCACCUGUGGUUCAUGUCAUGAUGUCCAAUGUCUACCUGUUUGUACCCCCCUUGUUAAACCCUAUCAUCUAUAGUGUGAAGACCAAGGAGAUCCGCAGAGGCAUCCUUAAAAUCUUCCUUAAAUCCCAGGCCUGA